CAUUAUCGUGGCAUUGUGAAACAUUUGCGUCUCACACCAAUUCGUUGUUCCGGCUAACUUAACACUGGGCAGCUGACAGCAGCCUAAACAGGAGGUUAAUUGACCGCAUCAGUGCAGUAUCGGUCAUUGCUACGAUUCGUGCUGCCGCUGUCGCUCCUGCUCUUCACAGAUCACUUCUGUUGUUGUGUGUGCGUGCGUGCGUGUCUACGUGACCACGUCAACGGACCGCAUGUUCGCAUCGACUGAACUGCUUGAGUUUGCCUAAGAAAGGGCCAGCACAAGGGGUCGAGCGAUUAUCACACGCGCAGCACUUCUCUCUAGCAAUUGCGGCGUUGGGAACGGACGGAAAGUAGAGAACGUUUCUUUGGAACCGUUUUUAUAGUAUCCGUAGGGUGAAAUAGUAGGCGAAUAUCGAGUCAAACGGACCAUUUUAGAAACAGUCUAGUGCUCAUGGGAUUUCUUGCGCCGUACGCUGAACUAACGGAUAGCCGAUCAAAGGCGAUUCGUAUCUCCAAAGACGCAGCCGAAAAUUAGUGACGAAAUAAGUGACAGCGGUUUUUGUAAGCGAAACAGAAAAGGCCUACUCACCCCUGUUUAACGCGUUUGACGCGUUAUAUCAUUGACCCUGUUAAGAUACGUUUGCUAACAUCAGUAGCGAUUUUAUCAUGAGUGGACGCGUAGGUGAUCUUUCAGAUAAGCAGCAGGCCGCGCUUAAUCAGUUCAAGCGCGUGUGCUCAAGCCUCUUGACGCAGGACUGGCAUGACGACCAUUAUUGUCUUCGGUGGCUUCGAGCUAGAAACUUUAAUGUUGAGGCAUCUAAAAAUAUGCUUGAAAAGAGUGUGGACUUCCGUCGUCGGUAUAGGCUUGAUCACAUUUUGGAAGAAUUUAAACCAAAUCCAGGGAUCAAAGCGAUUUUCCCUGGAGGCACAUGUGGAUUUAGCAAAGACGGUGGUUGCAUCAUGAUCUAUCCGCUUACCAACAUCCUCCCCAAAUAUUUUCUCCAAAUUGCCCGACGUUCUCAAGUGAUUAAGAUGCUGAUGCACCGAAUGGAGGAAUCACUACUCGUACUUCGUGAGCAAGGUAAAAAGCUCGGGCGUAUUAUUGAGGGUCAUACACUCAUAUUCGACGUCGAAGGAUUCGAUAUUAUGGCCAACAUCUCUGCAGUCUCGAUCUCGGUGUUUACGGAAUUGGUCGGAGCCUACGAAUGCAACUAUCCCGAGUAUCUCGUCCACGCGAUUAUUAUUAAUGCUCCGCCGAUUUUUCAUCUGUUCUUCAACAUGAUCAAGCCGCUCCUAAACGCUCCAACUCUGGAAAAAGUAAAAAUAUAUGGCAAAGACCGAGCACAAUGGAUGGCUGCGCUUCUGGAAAUUGCUAAUCCAGAGGAAUUGCCGGUGAAAUUCGGUGGUACACGUACGGGCCCAGGAAAUGAUCCAAACUGUGAACACGAAGUCGUCUACGUCCAUAAGCUUAACCAGGAGAUCAUACAUGAAUUGCAGAAUCUAAUUUCCGAAGAAGAUCGAAUGCGACAGAUAACUGUGGCCCGUCGUUCUCACACCGACGUCUCGAUCGUAAUCACCGGGCCAGGCGCUGGCCUUUUCGUCGAAUUUGAAUCUGACGGACACGACAUAGCAUUAUCUCUGUUGUGCCGUACUUCAGAAGAUGAUAUUGGUGAAAUUCUUCCCAUGAAGCGGUACGAUUCACACACUGGCCCAGUCGUAUUCACUGUUUGUUGCGACGUGGCCGGCGAGUACCUGUUACGGUUCGAUAAUUCCUACUCAUCCUUCAGGUCUAAGCGGAUUUCAUAUAAUUUUAAAAUUAUACCAGCCGCCAAUUUGAAUGAGAAGAUGCUGUUCGUGCAUGAACCUUGAGAAACAUCGACAUAAUCAUAAUCGUUACUAGCAAAUCAAUUGUGUGCUAUUGUCAAACUACUCCUGCAGUUCGUCAUAGGAUUCGUACAGGAUAACGCAUGAUUGAUGUAUCAGGGGGUACUUCAGAAUAGCUAAUUAGCUAUCUAAUGGAAAUGUAAUUGCACAAAAUACAAAAGAAUACUUUGUAAAAAAAAGGGGCACCUGACUCAUAGCCGGAGAGGAGCAAUACUAUUAGCUAAGCAUACGUUCUCUAAUCAAAAAAAAAAAAAAAAAAAAAAAAAAA